GUAUGUUUGUGUGUUAGAAAGAGAGAAGAGGGCCAGCUUUGUUUUUCUUCUACAUGAAACACAGAAGCCUACAACAGUACUAGGUUUUCAAAGCAGACAAGGGUAAGAAAAACAAGUCAAGAAGUUUAAUUAGAAGAAUCUGUAGUUGGUUCUGUACAAGAGAGGAAGAAAAGAGAAGGGCUUUUUGGUCACUUUCUUGAGGGCAUAGAGGAGCUUUCAUGGUGAAAAAUGGAAGUUGAAAGAGGUAGAAAAGAUUGGAAAGAAGGGCAGCAGAUUCAUUAUUCACACUACAUGGGGUUCUUGAGAGAUUCAUAUUCUUGGGCCUAAUUUUUUUCCUUAAAUCCAUUUUUUUUUAGCCUUUUAAGCAAUCCAUACCCUUCAAAUCUCGAAUAGCAUUUUUUAGCAGGCAAGUUGGUAGAUUUUGUAUGUAUAUGUGUAUGUUAUUUCUUGUGUUUUCUUGAUAUUUUUGUUUGUGGGUUUUUGUUUAUUUGUUGUAGAGAUGAGAUUUUUACUGUUUGUUUGUGAUUUAUUGCUGAUUUAGAUGAGAGGAAUAGGAUAUAAUUGUCAAGUAGUUGAUAAUGAAGGUCUAAGCUUUGAAGCAAAGUUCAAGAAAGAGGAAAUGGCCAAUUUCUGUACCAGAAAAUGAGCAAGGAGGUGGCAAGAAAGACGAGUGGGCGGCAGAGCUGCAGCCCAUUUCCGGAGCUGCAAGUCCUCAAAGAUUUGGACUGGGAAUUGGAAUGGAAGAUUGGGAAAGUUGGCUUUCGGAUUCGGCAUCACAAGACCAGCUCAGGUGGAUUUCUGGUGAUGUUGAGGAGACUCCUUUGAGCUUGAAGCAGCUUUUGCAAUCUGGGAACAAUAACGGGAACGAAGAUUCAUCUGGCAUGGAGCCUUGGGGCAAUGGUGUUACUAGUUUCAAUUCCAAUUCGGGUAUUUCUAAUUCUAGUUUUGCUUCAGCACUGGCUCCGAAUUCUAGGGUUUUGAAUAGCAACCGUAAUCCCCCAAACCCAAAUUUGUCCUUGCCUCAGAAUCAUCAGUUUGUAAACCAGAGUGUAACUAAUCUGGACAUGUCCUCUACAUUAUUACUAGCUAAUAGCAAUUUUAGUCAGAAAGAACAACAUCAAUUUGAGCCUCAACUGAAAAGGCACAAUCUUGGCCUGACAAGCUGCAGCACUGGUGUCACUAAAAUUCCAUUUGUUGAUGAGGUUUUAUCCACGAAACAACAAACCCAGAUAGGUUUUGCCAACCAGCUGAAUUUACUACCUACUCACCAGCUUUUGCAGAAGCCAUUUGUUCCUCCAAAUCAAGAUUUGACAGGUGGCGUUCGCGAGCAAAUUUCAGCUGCAAGCCACCUCCAUCAGCAGCAGCAACAGGUAAUAUAUGACCAGCUCUAUAAGGCUACAGAGUUAAUAUUGUCUGGGACUUUCUCACACGCGCAAGCGAUAUUGGCGCGGCUCAAUCACCAGCUUUCACUCAACAUAAAGCCUUUUCAGAGGGCUGCUUUCUAUUUUAAGGAGGCAUUGCAAAUGUCCCUCCUUAUGAUUUCAAAUCCGGUAUCCCCUAUUCCAUCAAGGACUCCAACACCAGUUGAUGGUAUGUUUAAGAUAGGUGCCUAUAAAGUGCUUUCAGAAGUUUCACCAUUGAUUCAGUUCAUGAAUUUCACAUCAAAUCAGGCCCUCCUUGAAGCAGUGGGGAAUGCAGAUAGCAUUCAUAUUAUAGAUUUUGAUAUUGGGUUUGGUGCACAAUGGUCUUCUUUCUUGCAGGAGCUUCCUAGGAGGGACAGUGGUCCUCCGUCAUUAAAAAUUACUGCUUUUGCCUCUCCCACAACCCACCAUCCCAUUGAGCUUGGGCUAAUGCACGAAAAUCUGACGCAGUUUGCUACUAAAAUUGGUGUUUCGUUUGAACUUGAGGUGGUGAAUUUUGACUCAUUUGACCCAAAUUCUUAUUCAGUUUCAUCCGACAAUGAAGCAGUAGCUGUGAAUUUCCCUAUCUGGUCCUCUUCAAGCCACCUACCUGCCCUUCCCUCUCUCGUGUCCUUUAUAAAGCAGCUAUCUCCAAAAAUCAUGGUCUCAAUGGACCGUGGAUGCGAAAGAAUUGAUCUGCCUUGCCCACAGCACCUCCUCCAUACCUUCCAAUACUAUGAGAUUCUCUUUGACUCGUUGGAUGCUGCGAAUGUAACUACUGAUACAGUUACCAAAAUUGAAAAGUUUCUUUUUCAGCCCAAAAUUGAAAGUAUGGUGUUGGGUCGUCUUCAUUUUCCUGAACAUACGCUCCCAUGGAAAUCUCUUUUUGCUUCCAUGGGUUUUUCACCAGUGGCAUUUAGUAACUUUGCUGAAACCCAGGCCGAGUACUUGGUGAAGAGAACCCAAGUUCGGGGAUUUCAUGUAGAGAAGCGCCAGGCAUCACUUGUCUUAUGCUGGCAGCACCGUGAACUCAUGUCAGCUUCAGCUUGGAGGUGCUGAAGAACCACAAACUGUUACCACAGCGAACCCAAGUUCUUGUUGUUGCCUUUCCGCAGAGCAGAGGUUAUAACUGACUCCACUCAUUGGUACUACCUUAAUAAAUUUUAAACCUUGAUUGUGGUAUCUCAUUUCAACUUAAGUUUGUAUAUUUACUUCCUUCCGGGUCUAAUCUGGCUUAUUGUGUAGUUAGUCCUGACUUGGGCAGACUAUAUUAUUGUAGAGCAGAAACUAAUAUUGCAGCAUUUAGUAGUCAGUAUUUCAUUUGGACAAAUGGUGCUUUGUAUGAGAUAUAUGUCUCUGGUAAGAAUAUUUUCAGUUGUUCGAUUAUAAAUUUUAACUGAAAUGUAGGUGAGAAUUGUAUUGCGGAUAAAAACUAGCACGAUUUAUCACUUCUCUCCCUUCUCUUUGAUAUUCUGCUUAGUUCUUUUAAGUGCAAGUUUUGUUUAUCACAUUGAUUUUGCUUGUCUGUGUUAUUAUGAUUGUAUCUGCUAAAUUUUAGGGUAUUUUCUGACUGUAAGAGAAUAAAGAAACUAAACAUAGCCUUCUACCAGUCACCAAAUUAUCUUGUGAACGACUCUCACACUGUUGCAUACUCUGUCUCUUAGAAUUUGGCUACAUAUAUGAUCAGAUUGUUCUUAAAAGUAAAGUGUUUAUUUAAUUAAGAGUUUCUAGUUGCCAAUAGCGAAACCAACUUUACCGUGGCAAAGAUCUUACAGAAGAGAAUAGUGUUGGAUUCUUGAAUGCAUAAGAGAUUGUCCUGUGUCUUUUCAGAUCAGGGAUGCAACAUUAUAUUGGAGAUACUUUUUGCUGUCUUUUUCGAAGUAAUUACAUAUCUUAGUAAUCUUUUUGAUCCAGUCAAUUCAUCCAAGUAAAGACUCUGAUCAGUCAAGGAUUCUUUUACCUUCUGACAUGCUAGUAUUUAGAAUUAGCCUUGCAGAUACUUAACUAUUGGUUUAAUAUAUUACAGGCUUACAGCUACUUCUGACAUAUAGAUUACAACUUCUUGCUAGUUCUAAGUCUGAUGAUUGUCGACAACAUAGUUUUGUUGAGUUUAAGUUGUGUCGGUUGGUUGAUAACUUCUCCACCGGCAUUUACAUGAUUACAUUAAUCAUGUCAAAUCCACAUUGUUAUUACUUUGUUAUAAACAUAGUUUAUUUCUUCAAUCAGGGAGAGUUCUAUAAUUUAUAUGUGAUAUAUAUAGAUGCAUUGAAUUCGUAACAUUCAUUCCAUAUAGAGUUUCUUACUUUCUUGUACAUCUACUAAUCAGACCACAUGGGGUUUAUAUUUAAUUGAGUAUUUUACAUCUUCAAUACUAGUAAAUUACUCUAUGGAAAGUCUUGCUUAUUUGUUUCUCCCCCGGCUUCUUUAUUGGUUAUUAUAUUGAAAUGUGCAGUGGAGCUUUCCUUGUCGACAACCUUGAUAAUGUUUGAGAAUGAUAGGCCACUUGCAUCUCAUUUUUAAGUUAGAUUAGGGUGUACAAUUAUUGUGAUUGCUAACGUAGAUCCCUGUCAAUUUUAAGGUAUUCAAUUUAGUAAGGCUCAAGACAUGUUGAUUUAUAAUUUGGUAUUGAGCCUCUUUCCGUACUAUGUUCCAUACCAUGUGUCAUGUGACGAGCGGCCAUGAGAUUUGUGAGCCUUGGUGAAGAGCAGUUUUCGGGCCCUAAGUUGUAUGUAUUUAAAGAAUUCGUUGUUGACAAUUUUAGGAUCGUUAAAUGACAAUAUGGUAAGCGCAAGUCUUGUUCGUCUGUAAUCAGGGUCACUCUUGCAAUUUGACAGUCUCUUCUUAGUCGUA